GGGCUCUAGCCACUGAACCAUCUGGCUGCCCCUGCCUUGCUCUAUAUUUUUCAAGCUGGUAGGACACGUGGUCUUCAGCAGAGCACUGGUGUGGGCAAACAGACCAGAACACAGCCUGUCACCAGAGAAGGCUGCCCCUUCGCCUCUGGCCCCUUCUUCCUGGGAGCUCUCAGCCCUGCUCCUGGCUCCUGGGAGGCAGAGAGGGAAAUGAGGCAGGGUUUCUGCCCGGCUGAGAGCAGAGAAAACGGAGGGUCUCAGAGGUUUCCAGAGCUGGUGCCCCCAAGGACCCCCUGGUCCCCGGGCUCUGCUUGCCCCUCAUUCUUGCUCUUGAACCCCCCGCAGGACCCCCACGUGGAGCAGUACGAGGCUAAGGAGUGGACGUUCGUCAUUGAGAAUGAGUCAAAGGGGCAGCGGAAGGUGCUGGCCGCCGUGGACGUGGACCUGUCCCGGUACGCGGGGCCCGUCCCCUCCCUGACGCCCCUUCGGCUGAAGCUAAAGCCCAAGUCCGUGAAGGUGCUGAACGCGGAGCUGAGCCUGAGCCUGUCCGGCGUCCUGGUCAGGGAAGGCCGAGCCACGGAUGAUGACAUGCAGAGUCUGGCCAGCCUGAUGAGCGUGAAGCCCAGCGACGUGGGGAACCUGGAGGACUUUGCUGAGAGUGAUGAAGAGGAGGCGGGGGGCCAGGGUGCUGCCGAGGCCCGCGCCAGGCCUGCUCAGCCAGGUCGGGCCACGGCCCCGAGGUCGGGGCAUCUGCCAGAUCCGUCUCGGGAGCUGAGCCCUCUGAGAGAGGAGGAGGAAGGAGGGAGGCCUGGCUCCGGGGCCACGUCCAGGAAGGGAGUGGCUGCCCCUGCCCACCCCGCUGCCCUGGCCCAGCCGCCUCAGGCUUCACUGGAGGAGGGUGGCAUAAAGAAGCCCAGCCCAGCCCCUGUAAGUGCCCCUGUCCCUGCGCCCCCUCUCAGGGCUUCUCGGGGCCAGGGGGGCAGGGGGCACGGAGGCCCACCGAGCCCGGGGGGCCAGCCCAGGGAGGAGACGGAAGCGGCUGGGGGCAGGACCGGCUCCGAGACCCAGCCCCCCCAGGGACCCUUUAAGGAGCUGAGGUCCCCAUGGCAACCCCUGGAGGAGUCCCCCAUCCCAGCCCCCCGGCUCAGGAGAGUGGCCACUACCCCCCUGCACCCCACCCCUCCAUCAAACGAGGAGGAAGCCCCAGGGGACCCCCCAGGGGAGCAGGCUGGACCCAUAGCGGGGGCUCUUUCUGGAGGGGGAGCCCAUCAGGAAGAGCUGGGAGCAGGAGAGAGAGGCCGAGGGAGGGCCAGAGCCAGGGAUGCUUCCCAGGAGGAAUUCCAAGGAAGAGGAGGAGAGGAAGGGGUGCCCCCCCCAGAGGGCGAAGGGGUCCGGGAGGACAGAAAUGGGGGUGCAGCUGAGAACCAGGAGACCGGGCGAGGCGUAGGGGAGAUGGAGGGCCAAGGAGCAAGGGCUGGGAUGGGGAUGGAGGCCAGAAAGGAGGAGGAGGCAGCUGGGAGGGAGCCAGAGGCCAGAGGGGCAGGGCUGGAACAGGCAGCAGACACCAAAGAGGAGCCUGGGAGGGGGCCCCAGGCCACAGCCACAGAGGCCGAGGAGGCCACAGAGGAGGCUGGGAAGGGGCUAGAGGCCCCCAGAAGGGCCCAGGAGGAGGCCCAGGCAGGAGCAGCUGCUGCUGAGGCUCCCCUUGAAACAACUUCAGUCCAGGAAAUCGAGAGGCCAGAGGCUGGGGAGGCAGAUGAGGAAGUGAAGGAGUCCGGAGUCCAGGGCCUCGGCCCUGCAGACCCCCGGGAGUCAGAGCAGUGUCCUCUAGCUCAGGAAAAGGAGGGCCCAGAAGCCCCAGGCCCCAUCAGAGGAGCUGAGCCUGGGGCUGAGGCUGGAGCCAGGAAGGGCCCUGGGGAUGUUCCUUUGGGCAUAGCCAGCACUUCAGAACAGGGCAAGGACAGUGGGCGAGCGGAGGAGAGGGUCCGAGAGGGCCCAGGGGCCCUGGGGGGCCCAACCACAGGAGCCGAAGGCACCGUGGCCCAGGUGAGCAAGACUGGAGCUCAGCCAAGGGGCACUGACAGGCGGGUGCGUGGGGCUGGGGCUGGGACACUGAUGGGUGGGGAGGAGGCAGAGGCAGAGGCUAGAGCAGGGAGGCCUCCGAGAGUGGGGAUUAGGGAAGCAGGGGCUGGGCCUACGGACCAGGAGUCUCCCAUGGUAGGAAAGGAGCAAAGAGGAGCCGAGAGCCUGGGGACUCGGGAGACCGAGUCUGGGGUGUCACAGGCUGAAGAGAUAGCAAGGGCGGCUCAGGCACCCAAGAGAGUGGGGGCUAAGGAGCUGGGGACUGAGGAGACAGGGCCCAGGGGGCUGGGGACCGAAGAGAAAGAAGCUGGGGUGUUGGGGCAUGAGCAGAAGAAAGCUGGGGUGUUGGGGAUCGAGGAGAAGGAAGCUGGGGUGUUGGGGAUCGAGGAGAAGGAAACUGGGGUAUUGGGGAUCGAGGAGAAGGAAGCUGGGGUGUUGGGGACUGAGCAGCAGGAAGCUGGGGUGUUGGGGAUUGAGAAGGAAGCUGGGGUGUUGGGGAUCGAGGAGAAGGAAGCUGGGGUAUUGGGGAACAAGAAGGAAGCUGGGGUGUUGGGGACUGUGGAGACAAACUCUGGGACAGUAGAAAUGAAAGGGACAGAAUCUGGGGUGUUAGAAACUGAGAUAGGGCCAUCUGAGGCAGUGGUGAUUGAGGAGGCAGAAAGUGGGGUGCAGGGGAAUGAAGAGAGAGGGCCUGGGGUACUGGGGCCAAAGGGGGCAGGGCCUGAAGAAGUCGGGGCGGAGACUUGGGGGUGGAGGGGACUUGGGACAUUGGGGACUGAGAAGACAAGGGCUGAGGUAUUAGGGAGUGAGGGAGCCGCUAGGAGUUUGGAGGCCGAGGAGGCAGAACCCGGAACAGUAGAGAACAAAGAGACGGGAACUGAGCAGUUGGCCCUGGAGGUGCCGGGGACCGAGGAGACCAGUGAGGUUUUGGGGAAUGGGGAGCCAGAGGCUUGGAGAUGGGGGGGUAACGAGGCAGGGGCUGGGAGACUGGGGCCUGAAGAGAUAGGAACAAAGAUGGCGCCUGGGAUUUGGGGGCCUGAGGAAACAGGAGCCAAAGGCCUGGGAAACGGGUCCGAGGACACAAGGCCUGGGCUCUUGGGGUCUGAGGAGUUGGAGGAGGCAGGGGCUGGGACACUGGCGACCAAGAGAGCGGAGGCUGAGCUUUUGGGGACGGAGGACACGGGGCCUGGGGAGAUGGAGGCCAGGAUUAUGAUGCCUAGAAAGGUAACGGCAGCCGAGGAAGGGACUGGGGGCGCACUCUUGGGUUCGGGGGAGGAGCCAGAAGCAGAGCCAGAGUCUGAGGGGUCUGUCCAGGAGCCAAGUCCAGCCCCAGCGUCCCCGGCAGGUUGGGGGCCCAGGGACGAAGCCCCCACGGCCAUGGCCACCAGCUCCCCCUGGCCGACCCCCGCCGCAGUGCAGGAGGAGGGGGAGGCCCAGGGCUCUCCUGCCUUCUCUUCACCAACACCCCCCAGCCAAGAGUGGCCCGAAGAGGACAGGAGGCCUCAGGGCUGGGGGGAAGGCCCGGAGCCUCCCCUGGGCACCAAGGUGAGCUCCAGCCAGUCCCUGCUCGAAUGGUGCCAGGAGGUCACGGCGGGCUACUCGGGCGUCCGGGUCACCAACUUCACCACGUCCUGGCGCAACGGGCUGGCUUUCUGCGCCAUCCUGCACCACUUCCAUCCGGACCAGAUUGACUUUGCCGCCCUGGACCCACAGAACAUCAAGCAGAACAACAAGCAGGCCUUUGAUGGCUUCGCCGCUCUGGGCGUCUCUCGGCUGCUGGACCCGGCAGACAUGGUGCUCCUGGCAGUCCCCGACAAGCUGAUCGUGAUGACUUACCUGUGCCAGAUCCGGGCCUUCUGCACCGGGCAAGAGCUGCAGCUGGUCCAGCUGGAGGGCGGCGGCGGCUCCAGCACCUACCGGGUGGGCGGCCCCGAGCCCCAGCUGCCCGAGGACCUCGGCUCCAGCCACCUGGCCCGGCGCCUGCGGGAGCGCGGCGGCGAGAUGGCAGGGGCGGCCCCCGCCAGGGAAGCCAGAGGCGAAGCUGGCGUUCAGGCCGGCCGGGAUGCGGAGCUGGAUGCGGCCCAGGCCAAGAAGGACGCUGGGAGCAGGGAGGCCAGCAGCCCCCAGGAGGCCGGAGCCAGGGCCCAAGGCCCCACGGUCAGACCCAGGACGCCUUCCCCAGCGGACGGGCUCCUCAACGGGACGGGGCCUGCGGGGGUCAGACUGAGGCGGCCCUCGGUGAAUGGGGAGGCCGGCAUGGGGCCCGUCCCCCCGCCUCGGGCCCACGGCUCCUUCUCCCACAUUCGGGAUGCCGACCUGCUGAAGAAGAGGCGUUCGAGGCUCCGGAGCAGCUCUUCCCUGUCUGUGGACGACGCCGAGUCCGGGCCCGCUGGGCCCUCGGACACCCCGGCUCCAGAUUCUGCCUCUGCCUCUGCCAGCCUUCAGAAGCCCCCUGGUAAGCCUGGGCUCGUGUCCUUCCUUCCUUCCUUCCUUCCUUCCUGUUGCAGGAUAGAAGAACAAGACCUGGAGAGACGGUUCGAGCUCCUGAGCAGGGAGCUGAGGGCCAUGAUGGCCAUUGAAGACUGGCUCAAAACGGAAGCCCAGCAGCAUCGGGAGCAGCUCCUGCUGGAGGAACUGGUGUCCCUGGUGAACCAGCGCGAUGAGCUGGUGCGAGACUUGGAUAACAAGGAGAGGACAGCCCUGGAGGAGGACGAGCGGCUGGAGCGGGGCCUGGAGCAGCGGCGUCGGAAGCUGAGCCGCCAGCUGAGCCGCCGGGAACGCUGCCUGCUGAGCUGAGCCCAACCGAGCCGUGCCGAGAGAAGCCUGGCCUCGGACUCCGGCCAGUCCCCUUCCGGGGUGGGGGUGGGGGGCAGGGGUCGCCUCCGUGCGGGUCUUCUCUUCAGAGGAGCUGCUGGCCGCCCCGCCCCACGCGUGCCUUUCCGCGCGUGGCCACCAGAGGCCGCUGUAGAACCUGGUUUGCAGCAGGCCCCGGGCGUGGGGGGACCAGACCCCGCCCACCAGGCCCUAUUUAUUGAAGCGUGUGCUUGUGUACGUGUGUAUUUGCGUGUGCGUGGCCGCCCCUGGCGAUCCUCUACGAGGAGAGGAUCGGCGGGCUCGGGGCGUCCGCCGGAGUCGCGAGACCGGCUGGGGCCGAGGGGCCAAGCAAGGACCGGGUCUCGGGGCUCUCGCUGGGGGCGGGGCGCAGAGGCCCAGAUGGCCGAGGCCGCGGCGCGUGUCCGCAAUAAAUUGUGCCUCGGGGCCGCUCCCUUCUUCCCCCGUGGGUUCGGAGGAGGGAGGGGUGGGCCGAAGGGGGCGGGACUUCCCUGGCGGGGCCGGAGUGACCCCCGUUCCGCUGAUGAGGACGCUGAGGAGUUGAGACGACAAUAAAAUGCUGAGGCCUGGACCUUAAA